AUGGCGGUCUCGAAGGAAGCCGAACUGAACAAUUUGGUGGAAGAUCAGGAGACCUUUCAAUUCCUUCUCGAUGACCUGCGCGAGAACAAUCCGAGUGAUACGAAGGGAAUCGCCGAGAUGCACGCUACGAUCAAGAGGAUCGAAGCACAAAUUGCACAGCUUCUAGGCACAGCCCCAAACGGCAACUCAACGGUCAACUCUGUGAAUCCGAGCAACCUUCCAAAUGGCAAUAUGGCUCAGUCAUCUACUGGGCCAGCUACUUUUAAACAGGGAGCCUCUGUUCCAGCUACGCACGCAGAUCCUACAUUGACGCCUUACCAUCCGUCUACAGCCCCUUCUCCAUUUGUUAAUCGCGCUUCAAAUGUGGCAGCACCGUCACUUCACACUGGCUCUGAGGAAUCUCGUAAGCGUCAGCGCCAGGGCUCUUCUGAGUCCCCAGUUCAACAGCAGUCAUCCAAGAGGGUAGCUAUUGACCGUCUCAAAUCUCGAUACGAGAAACUAGAGGCGGAUCUGGAGCGUGAGCUGAACCGGGCCCGGCACGAAUACGAAGAGUCAAAAGAGGCCGAUGCUGUCCAAACAAGAGCAAUGGCUGAAGGGAUCUCGGUUGCUCAAGUCUUGGAGAAGCUGGAAAAGGAGCAAGAGGAAGAGGAGGAAGCUAUUCGCGCUCAAUUCCGUACGGCAAUGGAUGAGCAAGUAGCGCGUAUGAUUCAUGCAGAAGACCUGGCCGCCGAAAGCGACGAAGAGCGUCGCGUCAGUCCGUCCUCACAAUUCAGACUUCCCGACAGAACGCUUCCUCACCAUCAGCGGCCUCCAACAAGUCCGUCUCUUUUCUCAUCUAGGCACUCUGGCCCGUAUGCCGUGCCAACGCAAUUCGACUACAACCCUGAACCUCCCGGCUCGUAUCCAUACGACGAUGAUGAUUUGCAAGAGAUUCCCAGGGAAUACUUUGAUUCGCGAUCUCCUGACUCGCGUGGAUACAACCCUUUUGGCUUCAAUUCUUCUCGUCUCAAUCCACCAGGCAGAUAUUCGAACGGAAACAGCUCUGCCUCUCUAGAGCCGCGCUUUGGGCCUCCACGGUACAGCCCAAUCUUUAAUUCUCUAGGCGGCCGGAAUCUGCCUUGGAUGCAAGGUGAAAUUCCAGCGCACUCUCCAAUUAUGGAAGCAGUAGACCUGCUGCGUGAUAAUCCUCUGGGACUGGAGGAUGAGGAUGAUUUAGAACGCUACGAGGAGCAGAACUUCCCACAAGACAUCAAGAACCUGAUUACUGGUAUCAAAGAUAUUCGUGAGGCUACGAAAGUGGAAAAGGACGAGACACCAGCAGGUCUCAAAGUGACUCUAAUGAAACAUCAGAAGAUCGGUGUGUCGUGGAUGAAAGCCAAGGAGGAAAGUAAUCACAAAGGAGGUAUUCUUGCGGACGACAUGGGCCUUGGAAAAACUAUACAAGCAAUUGCUCUCAUGGUCGCAAGGCCUCCGCCCGAAUCAGAACGGCAGCCUACUCUGAUUGUGGCCCCCAAGGCACUGAUGGAUCAGUGGCGGCGAGAAAUUCAUAGACAUAUCAUGCCUGGGAAAAAUCAGCUGUCUGUAUUCAUCUACCAUGGCACCAAUCGCGCCGGGUGGAACAAGCUGAAGACUUAUGACGUGGUCAUCACAACCUUUGGCACGCUGACCGCUAGCUACAAGUUUAUCAUCAAGGCGGAGAAAAUGGAGCAAGAAGGGAAGGAUAGCAGUCUGAUUCGCGAUACGCGCAACAUGUCGGUCUUUUUCACGCCCUCCACCAAGUUCCAUCGUGUCAUUGUGGAUGAGGCACAGAACAUCAAGAAUCCAGCUGCGAAGUCGGCCAGGGCAUGUUGUCGGCUCAAUGCUACAUACAGAUGGUGCCUAACUGGAACGCCGAUGAUGAAUCGACUUGAAGACUUCCAAUCUUUGUUGUCUUUCCUUCGGAUCAGACCCUACAACAACAAGGAAAAAUUCAGACGCGACUUCCGAGUUGUCAAGAGCGGCUUCGUGCCAGAGCAUGUGAUGCAGCAGCUGCGGAUUCUCGUCAAAUCUGUUUGCUUCCGACGGACCAAGACCUCCAAGAUUGACGGCGAACCGAUACUUCAACUGCCUCCCAAGGUCAUUGAAAAGGUUCAUGUGGUGUUCGACGAAAAGGAGCGAGAAUUCUACGAUGCUCUGAGCUCGAAGUCUCAGAAGCACGUAGAGCGCCUGUUGAACGCUGGUACUCUUGGCAUGAAGUACAGUACGAUUCUGGUCCUCCUGUUGCGCUUGAGACAAGCGUGCUGCCAUACGCAAUUAUUGCAGGAGCACGCGACCGAAAUCCCUGCUAUGGAAGGCAGAGACAUGAUUGCUAACGCUAAGGCGUUGAGCCCGACGGUGGUCGAACGAAUCAAAGGUAACGAAGGCGGGGAGGACGAUGGCACUUGUCCGAUUUGCAUGGACAUUGUUGAGAACGCGGUGAUUUACAUUCCUUGCGGUCACUCAGUUUGCAACGAAUGUUUCGCCCGCAUCUCUGACCCGCAAAUGCUCGCCCGUAACGAUGACACCGCUGGCAUGAUCAAGUGCCAGAAUUGUCGUGGACCGGUUGAUCCUUUGAAAAUCACCGAUGGGGAAUCGUUCAAGAAGGUGUACUCCCCGUCGGAAGCGACCGAGUCCGAGACCACCGACAAGGCCGAGGAAGAAUCGGAGGAAUCCGACUUGGAACAUUCGGAAUCGGAUACCGAUAGUGACAGCUCCUCUGGCAAGCCAAAGAAGAAGUCUCUUGCCGAGCUUCGCAAGAAAGGUCAGAAGAACAAGCGGGCCAAGCGUCGUUAUCUCCGUCGGCUUGAAAAGUCAUGGGAACCGAGUGCCAAGAUCCUCAAAGCUCUCGAGAUCCUAGAGGAGAAUGAGGCCAGAGGCAAGGGCGAGAAGACGAUUGUUUUCAGUCAAUUCACAUCGCUCCUUGAUCUGCUCGAAGUUCCCCUAAACCGAAAGGGUCAGAAGUAUUGCCGUUUCGAUGGCAGUAUGAACAUCACCCAGCGAAACGAGGCCGUAGCAACAUUUACCGAUGAUCCUGAGGUCAGAAUCAUGCUGGUCUCCCUCAAGGCCGGUAACGCCGGACUAAACCUCGUGGCUGCCUCUCAUGUGAUCAUUUUCGACCCUUUCUGGAACCCCUAUGUCGAGGAUCAGGCCAUCGACCGCGCCCACCGUAUCGGUCAGGUCAGGGAUGUCUUCGUUCAUCGUCUCCUGAUUGAGAACACAGUGGAAGAUCGAAUCAUCGACUUGCAGGAAAAGAAGCGAGAGCUCAUCAGUGGGGCUCUUGACGAGGGGGGCUCGAUGAACGUCUCGCGUUUGGACGUGAAGGAGCUGGCUUAUCUAUUUGUAAGUGCACUUGCUUUCCUGGCGAAGCCCUUCGACCCCUGA